CACUGACAACACUCAAGUGUGCGCUCACAGCCCGGCAGUUUGAUUGACAGAACGGAGUGAUUGUAAUUCAACGAAGGAUCCGGUGAAGAUUCUCAGCGCAAUGUCAAGUCCAAAAAAAGUUUGCAUCGUCGGCUCUGGGAACUGGGGUUCUGCUAUUGCUAAGAUAGUUGGCACAAAUGCAAGGAAUAAUUCAAAGUUUGACUCCACGGUUAACAUGUGGGUGUUUGAGGAGACGGUGAACGGACGGAAACUCACAGAGAUCAUAAACGCAGACCACGAGAACGUCAAGUAUUUGCCUGGACACAAGCUUCCGGAGAAUGUUGUGGCGGUGCCAGAUCUGCUCGACGCCGCCAAGAGCGCCGAUAUCCUGCUCUUUGUGAUUCCACAUCAGUUCAUCGGUCGUGUUUGUGACACCAUGAAGGGCAAAAUCAAACCGGACGCGCUGGGAAUGUCACUCAUCAAGGGGGUGGACGAAGGCCCGGACGGACUGAAGCUGAUCUCAGAGGUUAUUCAUGAGAAGCUGGGCAUCAAGAUGAGCGUCCUGAUGGGAGCAAAUAUCGCUAAUGAGGUGGCGGAUGAGAAAUUCUGCGAAACCACCAUUGGCUGCAGGGAUCAAGCUCAGGGGGCUUUGCUUAAGGAGCUCAUGCAGACCGAUCACUUCCGGGUCACGGUGGUACAGGAAGCAGAUGUGGUUGAGAUCUGUGGUGCUCUGAAGAACAUAGUUGCGGUAGGAGCGGGUUUCUGUGACGGGUUGGGUUUUGGUGACAAUACGAAGGCUGCGGUGAUCAGACUGGGUCUCAUGGAGAUGAUCAGCUUUGCUCGGUUGUUCUGCACCGCCGGCUCCGUCUCUCCUGCAACUUUCUUGGAGAGCUGUGGUGUCGCUGAUCUCAUUACCACAUGCUACGGAGGACGAAAUCGGAAAGUCGCAGAGGCUUUCGCCAAGACCGGCAAGUCUCUUGAAGAGCUUGAAAAGGAAAUGUUGAAUGGUCAGAAACUACAGGGUCCCGCCACAGCUGCCGAAGUUCACACCAUACUUAAAAACAAAGGUGUUUUGAACAGAUUUCCUCUUUUUAAUGCUGUGUAUGAGAUCUGUUACGAGAGUCGGCCUGUUACUGAGUUCAUCCACUGCUUGCAGAAUCAUCCAGAACAUCAGUGAAUGAAAAAUGAAGCUGCAAUACUGAGUAUGUGUGAGUGUCUGUGUGCGUAUGUGAGCCCUGCUAAACGACAUAACAGCGCUGCUGUUGUUAUAAAUCCUUCUUAACAAGUUUUUUAAUCAGCAAGACUUUUCAAAUCAACCAACUUUGUCAAACUGAAGCAAAUCUUUGAAAAAAAAGUUGAUUUGUUUAUCAGGGCGUGAGUGUGUGUUACAGUAAGAGUGACCAAAGUCACUUGAGGACGCUCUCUCAGGUUUUGUCAUAGCUGCUGCUCAUUUUUAAUGUGUCCGUCCUGCAGCGGUGUACUUUCAGCCACUUUAUUCUGCAGAAAAGCCUCAAAUGUCAGACAGAGCGCUCCUCUUUAAGUGCCACUAAAGUGAGUGAAUCGUUCUCAAAAUCACACUGAAAUGAAUGUACUCAAUAUAUACUGUGAAAUAAAUCACUGUGUCUGUGA